UGCCACAAUCGCGCAGCUUCGCGCAGCCUAUUGAUAAAUGAAUGGUUAGCGGUGAUUGCUCAAGCAGUGCCUUGAUGGGCCCAGCACCUAGUGCAGCCAAAACUCUCAGUGCGCAUGUUUACUCCUGUCUUCAGGUCAACGCGUGCGGUGGAAGUCCGCUGUUAGCGGUUGUACACGUCAGCAACGGCCCCUACCCUCGAAGGCUCGCUUGACCCGAUUCCUCGCCUCGCUCUGUCGUUCUACCGUAUCCCCCUGCAGGUCCCCUCGAGCUGCCGCUGGACCAGGCCUUUUGAGCCGCCUACGUCAAGUUGGGCAGCACGUGGCGCAGGCCGUGAGCACGAAGGGCAAGCGCUUGGCGUUCCUGCUGCGUGAGAGCCGAGCGCGCGGCACCGUCGGGCCCGCACCACGCGCCGUGACGUGCCGGCGUCCGCCCACGCCCAUCCACGCCAUGAGCACCCCGCGCCUGCUCCGCCACGUCUCCAACCUGCGGGAAGAGGAGUCGCUCCUGACCCAGAUGGUGCGCGAGGCGACAGCUGCGUACGAGCACGUGCUCGGCUUGGUUCAGGCAGUGCGCCACAUGCCGUCUGAGGCGCGUGUGCACAUGGUGCUGGAGUCAUUGCUGCGCCAGCAGGCGGUGGGAUGCACCAUUCCACACACGCACAGCGAUAGCGUGCUCGAGUCGCGGUUGCUGUGCCAGGCGGCGGCGCACCUGAAGGCGCUUCGGGAACUGAGGGUACAGCUGGGGGCGGUGCAGUCGCAGCUGCACGCCGCACUGGAUGGGCUGUACGACCGCACCGCGGCUUCGGCGGUCGCAGCCCGCGCUCACAGCGGCAGCUCCACUGUCGUGGCUGCGGCUGCGGCGGAGUCAUCAGGCGCGCAGCCGGAGGCACCCGAGCAGCUCAGCAGCCCAUCGCACCAGCAGCAGUGGCAGCGGAGCUCCACCAUCCCCGGGUCGCCGUCCAGCAGCCCUCAGGCGUCCUCGUCGGCUGCCUCCUCAGCGCGCACCGUCAUCAUCCGCGAUGGCGAUGAGGAGAAUGACGCCACGUACGACAGCGGCUUCGCCGCCUCCGCCGGCGGCGGCAGCAGCGGCGGUCGCUACGAGCAGUACAAGCAGUGCCCCCAGCACCUGCUGGCGGCGGAGCUCGUGCUGACCUCGCCGCGGCAGCUGGGCCGCCGCCGCCGGGAGGCCAACUCCAGUGCCUGCAGCCGCCGGGCCGCCGCCGCCGCCGUGCGCAGUCUGUUUGGCAACAACCACGGCGCGGCGGCGGGCGUCAGUGCUCGUGUCAACAGUGGUGGGGCCGGCGGCGCGGCCAGUAGCGACUCCAGUGUGUUCGACCUCAUCUCCCUCAGCUCAGCCUGCCCCAGCCCGCCGCUGCCAUCUUGGGGCUGCUCUGCAGCCACGGUGGCCGCCGGCAGCAUCAGGCAUCAGCGCCACGCGGCGGUGCUGUGCAGUAAGGAGGGCCGUCAGGGCCCCGAGCAGCAGCUGCAGCCAAUGGACCAGAUGCAGGAGUCGUGGAGCUUUGCGGACGCCGCCAGCUCAAUGUCGUGCGACCUGGUGGCUCGCGACGUGUACCACCCCAAGUCCGGCCGCCACCUGGACCUGAGCCCGAGCCGCCAGAGCCCUGCCGCGGCCCCGCCGGCCACCAUCGCCGCCACUAGCAGCAACAUGGUCCGCAGCGGGCCGUCGCUGCAUGCGGUGAGCGUCAUGCUUCCAGGCGGCGGCGUGCUGCCUGCCAACUACCAACUGACACCGGAAGCCAAGGCCUGGUUCGAGGACCUUCGCAAGCGAGCGGAGGAGGCAGAGGCGCAGCAGCUAGCGAUGGAGAUGGCGUCACCCACCGGUAGCGGCGGCAGCAGCAGCCGCAUCGACCUGGUGGCCGCGGAUUCCGUCCUGCAGCAGUCGGCAGCGCCUUCGGCGGCGGCAGCAGGGCUUUGUGAUGAAUUCUGCAACCAGCACUAUCAGCCAAGCGAGGGCGGCGACUUCGACUUUCCGUCACCGCCGCCUCCGCCGGCCUACGAGGAGAGCUGGCAGCACCCCACGCUAAUGGCCGGCGGCGCCGUCGCGGGCAGGCGCGGUGACAGCGCCACCGAGGCCUGCUGCACCGGCGAUGUGGACACCCAGACUGGCAGCGGCCCCAGCUGGACGGCGCACACCACCGCCAGCGGGUACGGAACCGGCGGCAUGGCCGCCUGCUGGCCCGCGGCCGCCGGAGCUACAGGCGUGAUGGCCUGUGGGGCGGCGGGGCACGUGCAGCUGGACAGCGACGGGUACGGGUACUGCUGGAAGCGGCUAGAGCAGGAGGCUACCGCCAUGUUUGCGGACGAGUUCGAGGGCUUCAAUGACAUCCCGCUGACAGACCGCAGCGGCGCCCCGGAUGCCAGUGACGAGCAGCAGGAUGAGGAGGAAGAGGAGGAGCAGGAGUGGCCGCCUCGUGAUCAGGAGGUGCUUGAUGCGCUGAUUGCUGAGGGCGCCAGUAACGCCUACGCCUCGGAGGUUGUGCAGGGCGUGCCGUUCACCUACUACACGAAGGCGGUCUUCACACCGCGCAAAUGGAACUGAGAGAGGGCAGCAGGGCGGGAGCGUGUUUGAACGGGGUUUCCAAGCGGAGCGCGGGACACGCACGCAAGCGCAGGUGCGUGCGGCCACAGAGCGGCAGGUUCUGAGCAGCAGUGCGUGCAGAGCAGCAGCAGGAUCUUCGAGUGAAUAAUACGGUACGGCCCAGUGACGAUAUAUUCGUAGCCACAAGCAGAGAGUGCGGUCCCCGAUACGGUAGGCUCCCACAUGCGGAGGGCACCGGGGCGCCAUGGCGCAGGGCAGGCAAGACAGGCAAGCAGCUUAGGUUAUACUUACAUGGAUCUGUCAUUCUGCUAUGGUGCUAUCAGCAGGCUACGAUGCUACCGUAUCAGGUUAUGAUGCUACGAUGCUAAGGUUAUUGAUGGGCCCAAUGUGCACCAGCAGGAGGCGCCCGGCUGUUUCUGGGUAGGUUUUGACACCAGACACUGCAAGCCGUACGCACGCGCAUGAUGGGACAGCAGGCUAGGACUAUGAUGAUGUUCGUAAGGAUGGAGAGCAAUGUGCUUGGACUGGAGUCGCUGCUGUGGGGCAGGCACAUCAGGUGCAAUAGAAGGCGGCGGCUGGGGAUGGUGCCGCAGUGGCAAUGCGGACUGCAGAGGCUCGAGGUACAACGCAGUGACUGUGACAUUGCCACUGCCGUCAUACCAUACAUGGAUGAAUAAUGAUUUGUUGUAGGGCUGUGAUUCAUGCCCUUUGUAAGAUGCUAGAGCCUAGCGGACGUUUGGGCGCGCGUAGAGUACGUGUCCCUACUGCCUUAGUCCUCGAUAUGUUUGCUCGCUCUUCAUACCAAUUUGUUUGGAAGCUCCAAGGGCCGCUUAUCACGCGAUUGAUUCUUACUUUGUGAGGGAUGAGGGUCUCGUAUUGAUUGAUCUGUCAAUGUGUGUGUGUGUGUGUGUGUGUGUGUGUGUGUGUGUGUGUGUGUGUGUGUGUGUGUGUGUGUGUGUGUGUGCGUGCGUGCGUGCGUGCGUGCGUGCGUGCGUGCGUGCGUGCGUGCGUGCGUGCGUGCGUGCGUGUAUGCGUGUGUAUGUGAUUAUGUGAUUUGUCUCUUGGUGUGGCCGGUGAUUACGGUACCCCCUUGAUUUGGCGCUAAUGACUAAUCUGAUUUUACAUAGUUCUAGCACGUGUUGCUGCUCACGGGUGCGUAGGGCGUCUGUCCUAGUUAUUUAGCACGAGAGGCCUGACGGCCUGAGCUGAGGCCUGAACUGACAGGUGACAAUAUUGCGCACCCCGUAUUGCACAGCAAACAUGGGCACGCACCUGCAUCGCUCUGCGGAGCUAAUUGCUCACACCCCCUGCCACCACUGCGU